UGGCUCUCAGCUGUUUGAGCGUGUGUUCCGCCCACGCGCCGGAGACAUGUCGCACAGGGUUCAGGUGGUUACGAAGCAUGUGCUGGCGCCGGCGCCCGUCGCUAGUAAAGAGUUUGCCGUGUACGAGUCUGGCACACACUUUGGCGUGACGCCUGACUAUGAACACAAGUGGCCCUUUCCAGAGGCUGGCCCCCUGGCCGAGAAGAGCGCUCCGCCAAUGUGUUUCCCCAUGAUGCUAGAGCAAGCAUGCCAGCGUGUGGGCAAGGAGUUUGCCUUGGCGGCUGAGAAGCCGGUGCCACACGUCCUGCGCCCUGGUGAAGCUCCAUCCUUGCCAUGGGAGGAAUGGAGCAAAUGGACCUGGAAGGACUAUUAUGAAGACUCGAGGAAGCUUGCCAAGGCCUUCAUGCAUUUCGGUGUGGAGCAGUUCGGGAGCGUCACUAUCUUCGGUUUCAAUGCGCCGGAGUGGGCCUUGAGCGCCAUGGCGGCGAUGAUGUGCGGUGGCAAGUUCGUUGGGAUCUAUUCCACCGACACGGCCGAGCAGGUGCAAUACAAGGUGGAUCACUCCAAUGCUGCAGUGAUGGUGGUGGAUAGCCACGCGGAGUUCGCGGCGACGGUGGCAUACAUCGAGGAGUUGACUUGCCUCAAUGCCAUCUUUUGUUGGGGAACCUUCGAGCCUGCGGUCCUCAAGCGGAAGGAUGGCAGCGAGUGUAAGGUCAUGUCCUUCAAGGAGGCCUUGCAACUCGGCGAGUCUCAGGGCUCCGAUGAGGCCUUGGCGCAGCGCAUGCAGGCCAUGAGGCCGGGCCACGCCAUGGGGAUCAUCUACACCUCUGGGACCACCGGGCAGCCAAAGGCGGUCAUGAUCCAUCACGACUCCGCAGUGGCACAGGGGGCCAUCGGCACCUUGGACAACACCGGCGUGCUGGAUGGAUACCCCGCACGAAUCAUUUCAUAUUUGCCUUUAUCACACAUUGCCGGGUCUUUGAUGGACCUCUUGUUUCCAGUUUACAUGGCCUACACGAAGAACCUUCACAGCACGGUGUACUUCGCUCGGCCCUAUGAUUUGAAAGAGAUGACCCUGGCAGCUCGCCUCCAGUUCGUGCGACCGACGAUCUUCCUGGGUGUGCCACGGGUCUAUGAGAAGAUGCAAGCGAGGAUGAUGGCAGUGGCCUCCACCAUCACAGGCAUCAAGAAGUCAUUGGCAACCUGGGCCAAAGGAAAAGGCUUGGAGUACUGCAGGAACUUGCAGGCGGGUGGCUCCAGGUCCAAGCCCUUCAUGCACACCAUCGCGGACAAGCUGGUCUUGUCGAAAGCCAGAGAGGCUUUGGGGCUAGACCAGUGCAGGAUCUUCAUCGCAGGAGCUGCACCCAUCUCUCGGGAGACCUUGGAAUACUUCGGCCAGCUGGGGAUGAUGAUCCAGAACGUCUAUGGCAUGAGCGAGUCUGCAGGUAUUGCCACCCUGUGCCACAAGGACUUCAAUGAGUUUGGCAGCGUUGGCCAGGCGCCGGAGGGUUUGGAGGUCAAGCUCUUCAAGACGGGAGAGAAGGGAGAGAACAUCGAGGUCCCCAGAUGUGCACCUGGGUUGAAAGUGGUGCCUGAGGAGAAUCAAGGCGAGAUUUGCUUCCGCGGACGACACAUCAUGGCGGGCUACAUGGCCAACCCCAGGUUCGGUGAGGAGCAUGUGAAGGACAUCACGGAGAAGAAUGCCUCCACCAUCGACCAAUAUGGCUGGCUGCACAGCGGUGACAAGGGCUACAUGGACACGAACGGCGUGGUGAGGAUCACGGGCCGAUACAAGGAGCUCAUCAUCGGAGCAGGUGGCGAGAAUAUCGCCCCCGUGCCCGUGGAGGAAGCGAUCAAAAAGUCGGCUCCAGCCUUGUCGAACGUGAUGAUGGUGGGCGACAACCGGAAGUACAACGUCGCCUUGGUGACCCUGACUGCCGAGGGCGCCACUGGCGAACUCCCUGGCACCGACAAGCUGGCGGGCGUCGCUUUAGAGGUGAACCCGGCGGUCAAGACCAUCUCUGAAGCCAUCAAGGACCCAAUUUGGCAGAAGUACAUUCAGGAUGCGAUCAAUGUGGCCAACAACGACCCGAACGUUUGCAUCAGCAACGCGUGGAAGAUCCAGAAGUUUGCCAUUGUUCCACGGGACUUUUCAAUCCAAACAGGUGAGUUCACGCCCUCGCUGAAGCUCAAGCGGUCCGUGGCCGAGGCGACAUGGAAGGAUUUGAUUGAUCCAUUGUUCUGACGAAGACGUCCAGGAGUUGCAAGAGUCAACCUGAGUCAACCUGACCUGCUGGGGCGUUCGCUCGUAGUCUGACAGGCGCUGGCAAAGGAUAGGGUUA